AGGGACCGGACUCCUCGCCCAGUUGGAGUUAAAAGAUACCCAUAUGGAGUUGCAAAUGGCCCAAAUGGAGUUGCAAAAGGCCCACAUGAAGGAGGAAAAGGCUGCACGACUCAGCCAAAUAGACACUGAGAUGGAGACUCAAAAGGCUGCAGAAAUCUUGUGGAUGAAUAAAGUACUGGCCGUAUUCAGCGACCUGUAUGACAAGGAAAAGGCCACAGCCCUCGCCCUGCUAGAGAUAGAAAUAGAGAAGAAAAAGGCCGCAGCCCUCGCCCAGACAGCGAUAAAUAUGGAAAUGGAAAGGGCCUCACGCCUAGCCCUGUUCGAGACCCAGAUGCGGCAGAAAAAGGCCUCACGCUUCGCCCAGAUCGAGGCCCAGAUGGGACAGGAAAAGGCCUCACGCCUCGCCCAGAUGAGGACCCACAUGGAGCAGCAAAAGGCCGCACGUUUCCUCGACCACGAGAAGGAAAAGGUCGCACGCCUCGCCUUAAUCAAGAACAAGUCGGAGGAGGAAAAGGCCGCAAAACUUGCCCUAAUGGAGAAGCGAGAGGCCGCAUACCUCGCCCAGAUGGCGAUUGAGGAUGCAAAACACAAAGAUAUAAAAAAAAAAUUGGAGUUCUUGUGGAAAAAUAAAUUCGAGCAGGGGCUCAAGAAAAAAGCUCAAGUUCCCACAGCUCAAGUUCCCAGAGAGCGCGAGACAGAUGAUCCUGGCGAAGGCACCAGCCAGGACACGGGCGAUAAGAUGCCGCCGCCCAAAAAGCCCAAAAAUUAGACGUCCAAAUCAGGGCCCGUAAGUUAUCUUGUCGUGGUUUUACCAGUCCGGCCCACUUGGGAGUACAUUUUUCCCCAUGUGGCCCCCCAUUUAAAAUGAGUUCGACACCCUUUGACGCGACUUUCUUGGCCACUUCAGGCGG